CGGGCCGCGGGCCCCGCCCCGAGCCCGGCGAGCCGCGCCGAGCCAGCGCCGGCAGCAUGAGGAGCGGCGCCGCCGCCGCAGCCGCCGGGUCCGCGGGACAGGCGGAGCAGGAAUAACAUGUGUGGAAGUACUUGCUGUUGUUGAUCACUUGUACCCUGGCACAAGGGCUCCAGCUUAAUCAUUCUCCUCAAGCUCUGCUUUUAGAACAUGGGGGAAAACGAUGAUGAAAAAUACAAUCAAGCUGGCCAGAUAUUUGAAAACUUUGUACAAGCAUCAACAUGCAAAGGCACCAUUCAGGCCUUCAAUAUUCUCACUCGCCAACUUGAAUUAGAUCCUUUGGACAAUAGAAACUUCUACACCAAACUGAAAUCGAGGGUGACCACAUGGAAGGCCAAAGCUUUGUGGAACAAGCUUGAUAAAAGAGCAAGUCACAAAGAGUAUAAACGCGGAAAGUCUUGUAUGAACACUAAGUGUUUAAUUAUUGGAGGUGGCCCCUGUGGCCUGCGGACUGCCAUAGAACUUGCCUUCCUGGGAGCCAAGGUUGUCGUCGUGGAGAAGCGGGACACUUUCUCAAGGAACAAUGUGCUGCAUCUCUGGCCCUUCACCAUCCACGACCUCCGGGGGCUGGGAGCGAAGAAAUUUUAUGGGAAGUUCUGUGCAGGAUCUAUUGAUCACAUCAGUAUUCGGCAGCUUCAGCUCAUCCUCUUCAAAGUUGCACUUAUCCUGGGAGUUGAGAUUCACGUGAACCUGGAAUUCGUGAAAGUCCUGGAGCCUCCUGAAGAUCAAGAAAACCAAAAGACAGGUUGGAGGGCUGAGUUUCUCCCCAUGGAUCACCCUUUGUCAGAGUAUGAAUUUGAUGUUAUCAUUGGUGCAGAUGGCCGCAGGAACACAUUGGAAGGCUUCAGGAGGAAGGAAUUUCGUGGAAAGCUGGCUAUUGCAAUCACUGCCAAUUUUAUAAACAGAAAUACAACUGCAGAAGCCAAAGUAGAAGAAAUCAGUGGGGUUGCUUUCAUCUUCAACCAGAAAUUCUUCCAGGACCUGAAAGAGGAAACGGGGAUUGACCUGGAGAAUAUUGUUUACUACAAAGACAGCACGCAUUAUUUUGUCAUGACAGCAAAAAAGCAGAGUCUUCUGGACAAAGGAGUGAUUAUUAACGAUUCCAUUGACACCGAGCUGCUGCUCUGUGGGGAAAACGUGAACCAGAGCAAUUUGCUGUCCUACGCCAGAGAAGCUGCUGACUUUGCAACCAACUACCAGCUGCCUUCCUUGGAUUUUGCAAUUAAUCACUAUGGCCAGCCAGAUGUAGCAAUGUUUGAUUUUACCUCCAUGUAUGCAUCUGAAAAUGCUGCGCUGGUGAGAGAGAGGCACAGACAUCAGCUCCUCGUGGCACUUGUUGGAGACAGUUUGCUUGAGCCCUUCUGGCCGAUGGGUACUGGCUGUGCAAGAGGCUUCUUGGCUGCCUUUGACACGGCGUGGAUGGUGCGGAGCUGGGCGCAGGGGAAGCCCCCGUUGGAGAUCCUGGCUGAACGAGAGAGCAUUUAUCGACUCUUGCCUCAGACAACCCCUGAAAACAUUAAUAAGAACUUUGACCAGUACACCAUUGACCCAGGAACAAGAUAUCCAAACUUGAACUCGAGCUGUGUUCGACCUCACCAGGUGAGACAGUUAUAUGUUACCAAUGAGCUACAGCAGUGUCCUCUUGAAAGAGUGAGCUCCAUUAGAAGAUCAGUGAACCUCACAAGGCAAGAGUCAGAUAUUCGGCCUAACAAGCUUUUGACGUGGUGCCAAAAGCAGACGGAGGGAUACCGAAACGUUAAUGUCACUGACCUGACCACCUCUUGGAAGAGUGGCCUUGCUCUGUGUGCCAUCAUCCAUCGCUUCAGGCCUGACCUCAUCGACUUCGACGCCCUGAACGAGGAGGACGUGGUGAGGAACAACCAGCUGGCCUUUGACGUGGCUGAGCAGGAGUUCGGGAUCCCCCCGGUGACCACGGGCAAGGAGCUGGGCUCGGCUGAGGAGCCCGACAAGCUGAGCAUGGUGCUGUACCUGUCCAAGUUCUACGAGCUGUUCCGGGGCACCCCUCUGCGCGCAGUAGAUGCUGCUGAGAAGCAAAAUGGAGAAAAUAAUGAACUUGAUUCACCAAAAUCAUCGAAUUUCAUCUUUAAUAAUUAUAUCAAUUUAACUUUACCCAGAAAACGAGUACCAAAGGCUGAAGGGAAAACAGAAGAAAAUGAGACUAACAAGAGGCGUCGGAAAGGACUCUUUGGUGUCUUUGAGCAGUCUUCAGGCUUUCCAAGCCAGGGGGCCAACAAUGGGAAAGAACAGAGUGAUGGCAGAGAAGGAAUAAACCAGAACAAGGUCAAAUCAAUGGCAACUCAGCUGCUGGCCAAGUUUGAAGAGAACGCUUCAAAUACAAUUCUGCGGAGACAGAAAAGAGCUCAGACCAUAGCAAAUAGGGAAUUCCAUAAAAAGAACAUUAAAGAGAAAGCAGCACAUCUCGCCUCAAUGUUUGGAUACAUGGAGUUUCCGAAGAAUAAGCUACCUACUAAAGGCUUAUCCCAUUCUCAGCCCCCAACUCCCUCUUGCCCUCCACCUCAUCAUUCAGCUGUUGCUGCUUCAUCAUCUGUCGGUUCAGCUUCCUCUGCUGUUUCUUCUCAACAGGGUUCUCUGCGAAAAGAAUUCCCCAAGUCCAUCGGGGGGAGUGACAUUUGUUAUUUCUGCAAGAAACGGGUCUAUGUCAUGGAGCGGCUGAGUGCAGAAGGCCACUUCUUUCACAGGGAGUGCUUCAAGUGUGAGAUAUGUUCUACAACACUCCGCUUAGGAAUUUAUGCCUUUGAUGUUGAAGAAGGUAAAUUUUACUGUAAACCUCAUUUCACGCACUGCAAAAUCAGUACGAAACACAGAAAGAGAAGGGCAACAAUACAGAUCCAUGGAAAGGAGGCGAUAGACACGUGGAAGAAAGUGGAAGCCAAACCCACAGAGAUCACCACAGAAAGCACUCUGUCCCCUGCUAGCAGUCCAGAGGACAGGUCCCCAGGCUGCUGCUUGCCCAUGGCUGACGAGCCCACCUCCCCCAAGAAGGCAAGGAGCAUCCCGGAGCAGCAGGAGCUGGAGCGCUGGUUCUCCCCCCCUUCCCCCGAGUGGGCCAUCGUGAGGGUCAUCCCCGAGGAGGAGAUGGCUGAGCACAACCUCCUCGCAGUUCGAGUCAUGGUCACCAGUGAUGCUAGCAGCUCUGAGCUGGACUCUGAUUUCAACGGGGACUCCUCGAACUCGGAGGUGAGCGAAGGGCAGAGCUGGCUGCCGGAGCCCCCCACCUGCUCCAGCCCCAUCCAGAGGUGGGCGUCGCUCAUCAGGAGCCCCGCCGUGCCCGAGGAAAGCUCCAAAACAUCCAAAGUCGCUGAUGCACUCCAGAGAGCCAACAGUUUUCAGUCCACGGCGUUAAAUAAGUAUCAGAGUUGGAGGAGAAAAAUCCAAACGAGCUUUCCUCUGCUGUCGAGCAAGAAACCUGGGCUACACGGGAAGGACAGCUCAGCCAGCUGCCAGAGUGGUGCUGCAGAGGAGCACUCCCAGACACAGUUGGCUUCUUGUAAGAAGCCACCAGAAAUUCCAAGAGGACGUUUCAAACCCUGCAGCCCAGUAUUUCAAAGAAAAGGAAAAGCCAGGGAGGUGCCUGAAGACACACAUUGCUAUGUUCCCCACUGUCCUUUUCAGAGCAGCACCACAGGUCCUCCACUGACUCCUCUUGGGAAUGGGACACUGGCUGCUGAUUAUUAUGAGCCUGAAGACAGAGACAGUGACACUGGGACACACUCAGCCCGGGACUGGAAGAAAAAAACAUGGAAAUACACCUCUGAACCAGAGCACUUUAACAGGAAGACAAAAGCAGUCUCAUCUCUGGAUUUGAAAGAGAGGGAUGGCAAAAAUACCAGGCACCCAGGAGAAAAGCUUGAGCAGGAAUUGAAGGAGGCAAAACAGAGGCUGGGGCUCCGUGCUCAACAGCAGCCCUUGUGUGGCCCAAACAGGACAGACUCAAGUGGGAGCAGCCCAGGGUGUGGAAACAACAGAGCCCUGGAGAAAAAGGAUGCUGGCUGGAAAAAAGAAGAGUUCAAACACUCUGGUUGUCCUGAGCCUCUCUUAUUUGCAGAUGGUGCUCCAGCAGCUUCAUCAGUGGACACAAAGGAUGCUCUGAGGAUUGCAGAUGUGGUUUCCAGGGAGCAUGGAGCCAGCCAGCCAAAAUCCCCACUGAGGCUCAUCGCCAAUGCUAUCAAAAGGUCCAUUUGGGAGCCUCUAACCUCAGCUCCAGAAGGAAUAAAGCAGGACUCGGACAGCAAAGACAAAUCCUCUUCAGAACAAGCCUUCUUCAGCUUCCCCAGCACUCCUGGGUAUUCCCUGAGCCAAAGGAACAGAAACAACAAUAAUACUCAGUCACAGCAUCCUAAAGUAAGGGAGUGGGCAGGAAAACACGUGGGAGAUGAGAGCCAUUACUCAAAUCUAUUUUCUUCUCCUGUGGGCUCUGAAGGGAUAUCUCAGAGGGAUUACAGGGAAGAGGUAUCUUUCACACCCUACAGGCCUUCCAAGACAACCCAUAUACCUCAGAAGCCAGCUUGCACUAGGAUGGAGGAAGUCCCAGGACUCCUGGAGAAGUUUACCUUUGAAGACAGUCCUCUAGGAGCUCCCAUAGAUGAAAUAUGUAUCCAGGAGAAAAAGUCCCCUCUUCUUUCAUCUGCAGAGCCCAAGAACUCCUUCAAGGACAGUCUGGAUGACUCUGCACAAAAGGAGUCACUCUUCAACAGACUGAGAAGCAAAGCUUGUGAAAGGGAACGGAAUUCCUUGAUGUCAUCUCUGCCUGUAAUUAGGGACCGUUCUCCAGAAAGGUUGUGUUAUCCUUUCACAGGAUAUGAACACGUACCUGUCAGAAGACAAGCUGCUGAGUAUUCUACUUCAUCCUCUGAAGAGGAAUUUGAAUCCAAGCCUUCAUUAACGCACAAGGCAAAAAGGUCUAUCAGAAAGAGGAGGAAGCUGGAGAAGGAGACAAAGCAGUUGAUUAAACAAGAGGAGCUGAAGAGGCUUCACAAAGCACAGGCAGUCCAGCGCCAGCUAGAAGAGCUGGAGGAAAGACAAAGAGCUCUGGAGAUUUUUGGUGUCGAACUGGAGAGAGAACUAAGAGGAGAAGCAGAUUCAGGCACAAAGGAUGAAAAUCAGAUGCUGCAUGAAUGGUUCGAGCUGGUGAUGGAGAAGAAUAAGUUAAUGCGUUAUGAGUCUGAGCUCCUGAUUAUAGCCCAAGAGCUAGAACUGGAGGACCACCAGAGCAGGCUGGAACAAAAGCUGAGAGAGAAAAUGGCCAUUGAUGACAGCCUUAAAGAUGAGAUGGAUCUGAACGAAGAGUAUGAAAUUUUUACCGAGAUGAUGAAAGUGGUUGAAGAAAGGGACAGACUUGUAUGUGCCUUGGAAGAGCAGAGAGUGAGAGAAAGAGCAGAAGACCAGCACUUCGAAAGCCUUAUAUUAUCUACAGGUUAUCAGCUGAGCAGGAUUUAAACAGCCACGUGCAAAUAAACAUCCUUUCAGCAGUAUUCCCUAUCACGGAGACAGAGUCUUCUGGAAAAUGAAGGAAUUCAAAGUCAACAUCAGCUUACUUGGGAAACACGGCAUUUUGUUGUCAAAAGCUUUAAAGCAGUUCUUUUGCUUAUGCCAGAGACAGUCAUUCCACUGUCAGCUCAGAGAAUCACUGGAAUUCAGAUCUGGACUGAAUUUGCCUGUCUGAUGGGCACCAGGGUCUGUGAAAGGGAAAUCAGAGCCCCAUUAUUCUCUUGGAAUUUUAUUUUAAUGCUGAGAGUAGAGUUUCUGAGGAACAUGAUGACAUCAUUUAGUAUUUCUGAGACAGCCUUACUUUCCAUCUGUUUGUCUGAAUCUCUGUGUGGCUUUGUUAAUUUUUUGGCACAGCCAAGCUAUGGUCAACUCUAGAAAAGUCAGAAAAAACGCAUCUCAUAAAAAUAGGGUUAGUCUUUAUUUCUGGUGGAGGAAGAGUCGUUUGACUAAUGACUACAUAUAAGCACUUACUAAAACUACUGUCAAUGCAAUGUCAGAAAUUAAUUUUCCAGGUAUUUAUCAGUUUUAUUGCACUGUGUAUUUUUGAACAAGAAGUUGAAGCAAUAUUAAAUCCCUACAUUUUGUAAAAUGGUAAGGGAUUAUUGACUGUCCUUACAGCUGUUACAUGCUCAAAAAAGUUUCUGUGUAUCAGAGAUUAAGUUCUUUAUAAAUAAGAUAAAAGAUAAUUUAAAAAUAGUAAUUCAGACCCAACUGAUAUUUGUAGGGCACACUUUACUAUGACAGACUUUACAAUUUCUUUAUAAAAUAUAUCACAAGUUGUAUUUUUGGAUGCAAUGAAUGGUAUAGCAAUUAAAGACCUCCCCAAGAAUAAUCCCAUAAAAAGACUGCAAAAAAUGUUGAGUUUUUAAUAUCAACAUUUGAUAGAAAAUAUUGUGAGUGUAUUUAAAUUACAUUUAUCUUGCUGCUUGAGAAUAUAUGGGUAUUUUUUUCUUAAAGGGACCAUCUCCUAUCUUUUUUGUACAUGCAUUUGUAGAUAUUGGCAAAACAGCACACAGAAAUUCUCCUAAUUUAAGUAACUUCUUAAAUCUAAGAUAAUUCUGCAAUUUAAGAUUGGUAAUAUUCCCAACUGUAUGGGUGAUGCACUGGAUUUUCAAACUGGAAAAAAACAAGGGGAAACUGAAAGACUGAGGGUUUGUUGGGUUUUUUGGGGGGUUUUUUUGGGUUUUUUUUAAUAUCAUUUUACCUCGCACUCUGAGGAGAUUUGAUGUUCUCAUUAUUUUGUGAAUGGUGCUAAUUUGCAGCAUCUGCCUAUGGUACAGCCAAAGAUAGAAGCAUUCCUGUUAAAAAAAGCUUUAAACUGGAAAACCUCUCGGUGAGACCUGGCAAAGUAAUAGACACACUGGAUCCUGUCCCAAUAAUUUAUCAGUUAUCUUCAGGGGCUUUUGGUUUUUUGGUUGUUUUUUUCUUCUGUAUUGCAAGAAAUUUGAAAUACCCUUUCUAAAGGUAAAAGCAAGUUUUUGCUGUUGGUCACAAAUAAUAUACCUCUGUUGAUGCAAGCUUUAUACUAUUGCUCCGCAAUAUUUAUUUAUAUUUAUUUAUUAGACUGUUUAGAGAAGGUAAGACUGGUUAGAGAGGGUAAGAGUGUUGGGUUACAUUUUACAGUUUGGAUGUUGUCUCUGAUUUUGAUUGAAAAAUGUGUAUUUCCAACAGCUGUGUACAGCAAAGCUGUGCACUGUAGAGUAGACAGCUUUAUAGAUUUGGUAAAUAAUUAGGAGUAAAAAAUGAAUUAAGAUUUUAAACAAUGUUCUCAGUGACUGUAACUUGAAGGGAUACCCUUAAAACACAGCAUUCAGGGCUUUAACAUAUCAUUUAUCUUUCAUCACAGUGAAAAGACAUGGAAGAAUACUUAAAUGUGUUCCAAAAUAACCACCAGAAUUUUUCCCCCCUCUCAUUCAUAGGCUAAGCAUACCUGAUCUUCAGAUGACAUUUUUACUGAGAUGGAUUGCAGUGAUUGAUUUUUUAAACUAACUCUAUUACUUAAGACUGACACAAAGUAGGAGAGGCAGAACAGCAAUAAAUAUUUUAAUUUUCUCUGUUGAGAUCUGCUGGUAUUUCCAGUUUUGUGGAGAAAAUUUCUGGGUUUUAUCACUGUCCCCAGUCCUGCCUCAUGCAGUCCUGUAGAAAAAGACAGUCUAGGAAAUGCAAUCAUUUUCUGUGAGAGUCAUAAUGAUUCCAAGGGGGUUUUUUUGACGUUUGAAAGCAAAAUUCUUAGAGCUUUGCACAGGAGGAGAAUUCUGCAAAAAUCUCUAGUUAUAUCAAAGAUUGGGCUUUUCACCUCACUUUUACAAUUAAGAAGUCCAUUCACAUCAGUGUUGCUGUUGCAAAUAAGCCACGAGAUUUCAGUUUACAGCAGAUAAAACCAAUAUAUAGUUUAUAUAAACCAAUAUAGUUUACAGCUAUAAAACCAAACUCCAAAGGGUGUUUUCCCUUUAGCUCCCAAGAUUUGCGUUCUUGAGAGUAUCAGAGUCCACAGAAGCUGAGGGGCCACCAGAACUUUAUGGACAUCAAACAAAUUCUUUGCUAAAGAAGCACUUUUCUGCGUGGUUGUUUCACAUGCUCUACCCAAAACUGUCUGCUCUUGGGUGGAAAAACUUGUCAGGCUACUGCUGCCCUGCCUGAUUUUAAGUACCUCACAAGAUUAGAUCCAAAAAACCAUGCAAGUGAUUUAGAAAAUCAAACUCCUAAGUCAUUUAAAACAGGUCUUUGUGUAUUGUGAGAGUAGAGAAGGGAGUUUAAAAAAAGAGAAACUUUGUGCACUGUUCACAGGUCAGUUUCAUAUGGUUGGCUUGUACUAGAAAUGUAUUUAAACACUGGUUUGGUUAUCAGUUUUCUUGCUGCUCAAUCUUUUCUGUUACUUGGCUCACUAAUUUAUAAUAGAUUUGUUCAUUUUUAAGUUCACGGCACUGUCAUUUCAGGGUAUAAUGUGAUGUGCUGGAAUGUACUGAGUGUGUCUAAAUGGGCUGGUUGCGAGAAAUUUUCUAUUUGAAAGAAUAAAAUUCUGUCUUACUCUUUUGAA